GUUAAUAAUUCAGUUACCUAUGAUAAUAUGAAUUUUCGGCUUUACCAUUAAUUGUCUCGCUUGAUUUGUACUUUGUAGACAGUAGGCAGAUACGGUAAUUGGAAGAAUGUACAGAAAUUAAACACGGAAUUGGGACCAAAUAUUUUAACAGAUUUCAUCUGAAAGAUUUCAAAACCUUUAUUUUUUGUUUUAAUUAAUUGUCUUGACAUUAUCCCACUUCAUGGUGAAAUUUUAGUGAAAAGAAAGAAAAAUAAUUGGUCCGAAAGAUUAGGCUGUUAUUAUUUACAGUUUUUUGUACCGCACAAUAAUUAUUGUUUAGUGCCUUCUGGAGAAAGUUAUUAGAAUACGUUGAAGCGUUGCGUAGUAUCUCUGAUAACAACUUACACACACAUGGUGGGCAAUACGAAUUAUAUACAAAACACGGAAAUAAGACUGUUUAAGUAACAGCAAUGAGUACCGGGAACGAAUGCUUUUUGUAUUCUGAAGAUAAUCUCCACGAUCCUAUUUCCUUACCUCAAGGCGAAGAGGUUAUCUUAGGAAGAGGGCCUCGGACAAGAAUUACGGACACUAGAUGCUCCAGAAAUCAAGUAUGCCUCCUAGCAGACAGUUCAUCAAAAGAAGUGAAAGUAAAACAGUUGGGUAGUAAUAAUUCAGCUGUUAAUGGACUAGCACUGAAGAAGAAUGAAACAUAUACAUUGAAAGAAGGGGAUGUACUGGAAUUCCUGCUUGGCCAGUAUGCACACACAGUCAGAUUUUGUGCUAAAAGUGGUGGCAGUGUUUCACUGCAUAAAGGAAUUAAAAGGGAUACAGAACAUCCCUGCCAGCCAGCAAAAAGAUUGUGUGAGGACUUUUAUACAAACCAAAGAGUGAAUGAUGGGAAGGAUGCAAUAUCAACUGAAGUGACACCAUGUUCUGAGGACAAAUGGGAAUAUAUAGAUAAUAAUAAACUUAUAAUUCUUACAAGCAGAGGAUGUAAAGGCAGUUCAAAGAUAGCUGGUUAUGAUGUAGACGGAACUAUUAUCCUCACAAAAUCUGGUCGUGUCUUCCCAAAAGACAAUGAUGACUGGAAAAUAUCAUUCAUUGAGGUGCCUGGAAAACUGAAACAUUUGUGGAGUUCUGGCUUUAAAAUAGUAUUUUUCACAAAUCAGGCUGGAAUUUCUAAGGGGAAAGUGAAAAUUGAAGAUUUCAAAAGUAAAAUUAGAAACAUUAUUUCAAGGCUUGGUGUUCCAGUGCAAGUUUUUAUAUCAACUGGGAAAGGUAUCUACAGAAAGCCAGCACCUGGCAUGUGGAAUGUGUUAGUCGAAAAGAAAAAUGAUGGUGUAGCUAUAGACAAGACUGCAUCUUUUUACUGUGGAGAUGCAGCUGGCAGGGAUGCAAAUUGGGCACCAAAAAAGAAGAAAGACUUUUCCUGUUCUGAUCGACUGUUUGCUCUUAAUAUAGGAUUAAAAUUUUACACUCCAGAAGAACAUUUUCUUGGUUAUAAAGCUGCUCAGUUCAAACUUCCAGAAUUCAAUCCGUCUGCCUUGAUGCAGGAUAAGCCACUCUGCGAACCAGCAGGAACAAAACUGUGUACAGAUGAGCUAGAGGCUGUAAUUCUGGUUGGUGGCCCAGGCUCUGGAAAAAGUUUCUUUGCAAAAACACAUUUGGUACCAAAAGGAUAUGUGCAUGUAAAUAGAGACACUUUGGGAUCUUGGCAGAAAUGUCUCUCUUCAAUGGAAGAUGCCCUAAAGAAAGGCAAAAGUGUUGUCAUUGACAAUACAAAUCCAGACAAAGAAUCAAGGAAAAGGUAUAUAGAAGCAGCUAAAAAAUAUGGUGUUAAAUGUCGCUGCUUUAUUCUUGCAACAUCGGUGGAGAAUUCUAAACACAAUAAUAAGGUGGACGAAAUGCUGUUCAGGCAGAACGACUGUACAGAAGACGAUUCCCUGACAAGCCAUCGCCUUCGCGCCGGAUGUUUGGUCGUCUCACAACUCGUCUAUGUGAAACGGGAAGCUUAAAUCCAAGACCUCGACAUCGUCCUAGAACACGCACAGAUGAACGUGCUGAAGUUGCUGUGCUCGCUACCAUAGCUGUGAAUCCUCAAAUCAGCACACGUCAAAUUGAACGUGAAGUUGGUGUGUCGAAAUCAAGUGCUCAGCAUAUUCUUAAACGUCAUAAAUUUCACCCUUACGAUGUUCAUUUACACCAGGAUCUUCAUGGAAAUGACUUCCGCAAUAGGGUAACAUUUUGUCGGUGGGCUCAGCAAAAACUUCUGACUAAUCCAAAUUUUUUUGAAGAUGUUCUCUUUACCGACGAGGCAUCAUUCUCCAACAAAGGAAUUGUCAAUAUGAGGAAUAUGCAUUAUUGGUCUGCAGACAAUCCAAAAUGGUUCCGUCAGGUAGAGCAUCAACGUCCGUGGAAAGUUAAUGUUUGGUGUGGGAUUAUUGGACAUACCAUUAUCGGACCUUUCUUUAUAAAUGGCAGACAAUACUCCAAAUUUAUACGACACAAUCUUCCUGUUCUCUUGGACACCGUACUUCUGAACCGGAGAAUGGUCAUGUGGUAUCAGCAUGACGGAUGCCCUGCACAUAACGCCUUACGAGCACGACGACUUCUGAACCGUAAGUUCCCUGGUAGGUGGAUUGGACGAGGUGGCCCAGUUAGGUGGCCUGUCCGAUCUCCGGACCUUACACCGCUGGAUUAUUUUCUUUGGGGAGCAGUGAAGGAUGCUGUUUACCAACAUGAACCAACAACACCAGAGGACAUGAAGCAACGCAUUAUUGAUGUUUGUACAGCUAUCAAAGAGGAAACAGUAGCACGAAGUAGGGCAUCCUUCAUCCGCAGAGUGACCCUAUGUAUGCAAGCCAAUGGGCAUCACUUUGAGCAUGAGAUGUGAACGCUAUGUUUAAUAUGUAGUGCUGGUAUCACAGUGGAAGUUUCUACAAAGGGCCAUUUUACCCAGUGAUGUUAAGAAACAUUCGUUUGCAACAAUUUGUCAUUUAACGCAUUAGAUAAACAUAACAUUGAUAAUUAUGUGAUAAUAAAACUAUUG